CGCACCCAAAAACAUGUCUAUAAAGAAGUAUUGGAAGUAGCGAUAGCGCGUUCAGGUCCGGUUACUUUGUGCUAGCAGAUCAUCGGGACGAGAGCUUGCGGUCUUGUCGUUUGUCUUUGGAAGAAACUCUCAAGAACCAGUUACAUUUGUCUCGGAUUUUUUCUCCUUUUACACCGGCCGUCUUCUGAAGGCUUGGACAGAAAUACCUUCCCGUGAAAAUGCCUCCCGUCGAAAAUCAAUCCGGGAAGAGUGAACUUAAAACUCGCAUACAAUCCCUUAUUGACUCCAACCAAGUGGUGGUCUUCAGCAAAAGUUAUUGUCCAUAUUGUGUGACGGUCAAAGAUUUGUUCAAAGAACUCAAAGUGGAGUGCAAUGUGGUGGAGCUGGAUCUCAUCGAGGAUGGAACCAAUUAUCUGGAGAUGCUCCAUGAGAUGACUGGACAGAAGACUGUUCCUAAUGUCUUCAUCAACAAGACACAUGUUGGUGGCUGUGACAAGACAAUACAGGCUCAUAAAGAUGGUAGUCUGCAUCAGCUACUGAACGGAGAGCUUGAAACAUAUGACUAUGAUCUUAUUGUCAUUGGUGGAGGAUCUGGAGGACUCUCCUGUUCAAAGGAAUCUGCCACUUUGGGGAAAAAAGUCAUGGUUUUGGACUACGUUGUUCCCACUCCGAAAGGAACCACUUGGGGUUUAGGUGGAACGUGCGUGAAUGUUGGCUGUAUUCCGAAGAAAUUGAUGCAUCAAACUGCCUUGCUUGGCACUGCCAUGCAGGACGCACGCAAGUUUGGCUGGGAGUUUGAUGAAAUCGUCAAACACAAGUGGGAGACGAUGAAGACUGUAAUUAAUGACUACAUUGGCUCACUAAACUGGGGCUACAGGGUGUCACUGAGAGACAAGAAUGUCAACUAUAUCAAUGCUUAUGCAGAAUUUGUCGAACCUCACAAGAUCAAGGCAUUAAACAAACGAGGGAAGGAGACAUUUUACACAGCAGCAAAGUUUGUUUUGGCUACUGGUGAGCGACCACGUUACCUGGGUGUUCCUGGAGACAAAGAGUACUGUAUCACAAGUGAUGAUCUCUUCUCCUUGCCAUACUGCCCUGGGAAGACUCUGGUGAUCGGUGCAUCUUAUGUAGCAUUGGAAUGUGGUGGUUUCCUUGCUGGUCUUGGUCUUGAUGUCACAAUCAUGGUGCGUUCUAUUCUGCUGAGGGGCUUUGACCAGGAAAUGGCAGACCGUGCUGGUGAACACAUGGAGGAACAUGGGAUCAAAUUUAUCCGUAAAUAUGUCCCUGUAAAGAUAGAAGAGUUGGAAGCGGGCACUCCUGGCAGGCUGAAGGUGACUGCUAAGUCAACAGAGAGGGAUGAGAUCAUUGAGGGAGAGUACAACACUGUGUUAAUAGCAGUGGGUCGCGACGCUUGCACUGACAAGAUCGGCUUGGACAAGAUAGGGGUCAAAGUUAACCCAAAGAAUGGGAAAAUCCCCGUAAAUGAUGAAGAACAAACUAACGUACCCCACAUCUAUGCUAUUGGGGACAUCUUGGAAGGCAAGUGGGAGCUAACCCCUGUUGCUAUCCAGGCCGGAAAGCUGCUGGCACGACGUCUUUAUGGGGGUGCAACACUCAAGUGUGAUUACAUCAAUGUCCCGACCACCGUCUUUACUCCACUGGAGUACGGCUGCUGCGGUCUGUCUGAGGAGAGAGCCACAGAGUUGUACGGGCAGGACAACAUUGAGGUAUACCACAGUCUGUUGUGGCCUUUGGAGUUCACGGUGCCUGGCAGGGACAACAACAGAUGUUAUGCCAAGAUCAUCUGCAAUAAAUUGGACAAUGACCGAGUGAUUGGCUUCCACUACCUGGGUCCCAAUGCAGGAGAGGUAACCCAAGGUUUUGGUGCAGCCAUGAAAUGUGGUGCUACCAAAGAGCAGCUGGACAGCACCAUUGGCAUCCAUCCAACUUGUGCUGAGAUCUUCACGACCUUGGAAGUGACCAAAAGUUCAGGAGGAAACAUCGCUCAAGCUGGCUGCUGAGGUUAAACCCUGCUCGUUUAGCAGAAUGCUCUCAUCUAGUCAACCAAGCCAUCUUCUCUUAACUGUAGCUGUUCAUUUUCUGUACGGUUGUUUCUCAGGACAAAUUUGACAAUGUGGCCAGCAUCUGAAAACGUACAGAUGCUCAUUUUUGAAGUUAAGGUGAAGAUGGAAGCUCACCCUGGUUGAGUUUAUUUAAUGAGGUCAUUCUGAUGAACAGCGGGGUUACUCUGCUUAAAAAAAAAAAAACUACUGGGCUCUAUUUGUGUCCUUCUGUGAGGAGCAAAGGUAUCCAUCCACACCACUCCUUAUGAUGGGUUUGUGUGUACCUGAGCUGUUAUUGAUGUUCUUGCCUGAAACCCAAAAUGCAUUGGCGGGCAGGGAUUGAUGUCCCUCUGCAAAAGUACCUAAUGGUGUUCCAACCCCUUUCGUCCAAAAGCUUGUUUCUCUCUCCACUCUUAUUCUCACCUUUUUUCUGAUUAAAGUGCACGAACAAAUGGGCAGGCAGUACAUUAUAUAAUGGAUGCGGCAAGAUCAACAUUGUAGUGAUAUAAAAUUCUCCCCUUUGAGCCCCAUAAAUUCCUCCAGCUAGUCAAGUUACAUUAGGAUUGAACUUGACUGUUGAUGAACUGGGGUCCCCUCUGGAAACAGCAUUUUCAAAUUUGUAAAGGCUGCACCAGAAUCAAUACCCACCCCCACAUUGAGAUUGUCAAUAUAGCCAUAGAGUUGAAUUGAAAAAUAUAACUUAUCCUAAUAUACUGAAUAUUUUCUGUAGUUUAUACUUGGUUAAUUUAAUGCUUGUUUCAUCUUUAUAUAUAUAUACACACACACAACGCUUUCCAGGUGAUCUUGCAAUGUGAUUGGAUAUGAUUGUAUUUGCCUUACCCUAAUUGCCUGUUUCAUAUAAAGCAUAAAUUACACAAUCAUGAAAUGAUGAUUAGAUGAUGAUGACAAGCAACACAUCAGGAAUAAUUCACUGAAGGCUGUUUUAUAAUGCUUUAGUUUUCUUGGAGGGUCCAAUUGAAGUUAUCAAAGCAUCAUUAGGUGAUGAGUCUCUAAAUUUCUUGGCUUUUGUUUUUUGUUUUGUUGGGACACUCAACCAUAAAGUAACCCAAAAAUAAAGAAACUUUACCAGUA